AUGUUCAUAGACAAAGUGAAGAUGUUCAUAGACAAAGUGAAGAUGUUCAUAGACAAAGUGAAGAUGUUCAUAGACAAAGUGAAGAUGUUCAUAGACAAAGUGAAGAUGUUCAUAGACAAAGUGAAGAUGUUCAUAGACAAAGUGAAGAUGUUCAUAGACAAAGUGAAGAUGUUCAUAGACAAAGUGAAGAUGUUCAUAGACAAAGUGAAGAUGUUCAUAGACAAAGUGAAGAUGUUCAUAGACAAAGUGAAGAUGUUCAUAGACAAAGUGAAGAUGUUCAUAGACAAAGUGAAGAUGUUCAUAGACAAAGUGAAGAUGUUCAUAGACAAAGUGAAGAUGUUCAUAGACAAAGUGAAGAUGUUCAUAGACAAAGUGAAGAUGUUCAUAGACAAAGUGAAGAUGUUCAUAGACAAAGUGAAGAUGUUCAUAGACAAAGUGAAGAUGUUCAUAGACAAAGUGAAGAUGUUCAUAGACAAAGUGAAGAUGUUCAUAGACAAAGUGAAGAUGUUCAUAGACAAAGUGAAGAUGUUCAUAGACAAAGUGAAGAUGUUCAUAGACAAAGUGAAGAUGUUCAUAGACAAAGUGAAGAUGUUCAUAGACAAAGUGAAGAUGUUCAUAGACAAAGUGAAGAUGUUCAUAGACAAAGUGAAGAUGUUAAAAUAUAGAAAUAUGUUGGUGUGCAGGGAUCCACCCUACAAAGUUGAAGAAUCUGGAUAUGCUGGUUUCAUUUUGCCAAUUGAGGUUUACUUCAAAAACAAGGAAGAACCUAAGAAAGUUCGAUUUGACUAUGACUUAUUCCUGCACCUUGAAGGCCACCCACCUGUAAAUCACCUCCGCUGUGAAAAGCUCACAUUCAACAACCCGACAGAGGAAUUCAGAAGAAAGCUGCUAAAGGCAGGAGGGAUCAUGGUAAUGUCAGAUGGUACAUCGGUCCCUUCAGGACAGAGCCUUCAUCUCCCCAGCCUUCCCAGUAACUCCCUGUCUUUUUCUGAAGUGAAGAAGAAGUCAUCUCAUGGGCCGAAGGACCCAACUAAGAUUAUGAACACAAAUAGCAGCAGCAGCAGUAGUGGUAGUAACAGUUUUUCAAAGCCCCAUAAGUUAAUAAAGGAGCACAAGGAAAAAAUUUCUAAAGACUCAAAAGAACAUAAAAGUGCCUUCAAAGAACCUUCCAGGGAACACAACAAAUCUUCCAAAGAAUCUUCUAAGAAACCCAAAGAAAACAAACCACUUAAAGAUGAAAAAAUUGUUCCUAGGAUGGCCUUCAAGGAACCCAAACCCAUGUCCAAGGAGCCAAAAUCUGAAAACACUCCCAUCCUUACCAUAACAGGUGGACAGCAGCAGGAAAAGAAGGCCCCUACAAAAAGGCCCUCUCUUCUGGAUUCUGAUGAACUUUCUGCCAAAAAAAGAAAAAAAAGUAACUCGGAGUCUUUAUUUAAAAGUUUUUCUAGUGCACCACCACUGAUUCUUACUUGUUCAGCUGACAAAAAGCAAACAAAGGAUAGAUCUCAACUCAAGAUGGGGAAAGUCAAAAUAGAAAGUGAUACACUGGAAAAGAAGACACCUACUCUUCCACCUUUUGAUGAUAUUGUGGAUCCCAAUGAUUCUGACAUGGAGGAGAACAUAUCCUCCAAAUCUGAAUCAGAACAGCCCAGUCCUGCCAGUUCCAGCUCCAGUUCCAGCUCCAGUUUUACACCAUCUCAGAACAGCAGACAACAAGGUCCACUGCGGUCUAUAAUGAAAGAUCUGCAUUCGGAUGAUAAUGAAGAUGAAUCAGAUGAAGCAGAGGAGAAUGACAAUGAUUCUGAAUUGGAGAGACCUGUAAAUACACGUGGAGGAAGUAGAAGUCGCAGAGUUAGCCUGAGUGAUGGCAGUGACAGUGACAGUAGUUCAGCUUCCUCAUCACUACAUCACGAACCAACACCAUCUUUACUGAAAACCAACAACAACCAGAUUUUAGAAGUCAAAAGCCCAAUAAAGCAAAACAGAUCUGACAAACAAAUAAAGAAUGGCGAUUGUGAUAAGGCAUAUCUCGAUGAACUAGUAGAGCUCCACAGAAGAUUAAUGACACUGAGAGAGAGACAUGUACUACAGCAGAUAGUGAAUCUGAUAGAAGAAACUGGACACUUUCAUAUCACAAACACAACCUUUGACUUUGACCUCUGCUCACUGGACAAAACCACAGUCCGCAAACUACAGAGUUAUCUGGAGACAUCUGGAACCUCCUGAGGAUUCAGCAUCUGGCUGCAUCAAAAACUGUUUUUUAGGUGAAACAUUCUGAAAGAUGCAACCAAAAUGAGGAGGGAAAACAAGCCAACCCUCUUCAGCUUUAUUUUACCUUAAAGCCAGUCAUCAUCUCUUGAUAAAGGAGAGGAAAAGUGACAAGUCUCAGAGGACCAUUCGUCUCAACAAGAAAAUGCUCUGGAAGAGUCAGCCUGGAUAGCCUUGAAAAACAAACACACACAAGAAAACAAACAAAAAAACCUUGUUCUUAAUGAAUGUGUAUGGUAUCAUGUAUCUCUCUGUGGUGUUCCAGUCCACAAGAUGAAUGCAUGUUCAACACACUGCCUUAUUGCAUAACUGAUCUAUUUAUUGUUACAUACAUAUAUUCCGAAGUCAUUGAAUGACAUUACCAGAUGUUGCAAGUACUGGGGUCCCAUGUAUGCUCCUUUUGAUGCAGUACCAUUGCCAUCACAAGCCUAGUAACCUUACUCAUGUUAAAAUGCCAUUUCUUGCUAACUUUCUGUAGUCAAUUAAAACUCUAUAGUCUUGUUUCCACUUCUGCCGAUCCAGGAAACAAGACACAAAAUGGGGGACCAAAAAGCGGCCCUAUUUUUUGUUAACAGUCUGCUACAGCAGGUUGGACCACAGGUCCUUGGCUCUACCUGUUUAUUGAUCUUGGAUCAUGGUAGAAAGUGUACCAAAUAGGAUCAUAUGACUUGCUGUCUAGCCUUAGUCAAUAAACCAGUAGGACUUCUAACAAAAAAAAGUUACUGUAUGCUGUCCAGAGUCCAGCACCAUUUAUCAUCAUUCUUCUGUCUAUUUUAAUGUUAUAAUAUUAAAUAUAUAUAAAAGUGAAAGUGUUUUGCAAGAUCAUCAUAAAAGGAGGAAUACUGGUCCUGUUUUCUAAGGAAAUGUUGUAGAAAAUUCUUAAUUUGGAGCUAUUUAUUACUAUGAGUUUCAACAUUCUUCUGCUGCCGGUGUGUGACUCACUUUUACCAUACAACUAUCGGCAUAACUUUUUCAUUUGUUCAUACAGUAUAUGGUCUACGUGGUCUGGUUUGUCUUUUUUUUUUAAAUAUGUGAUAAAUUAAAACCCUUUAUUUGAAAAAGGUAUAUUGGUUGAUAUACAGUUACAUGUUGGAAUGCAUGCAUACAUAUGUGUGUGUAUGUACAUACACGUGUAUAUAUGUAGAUAUACAUAUAUAUGUAUGUGUGUCUGUGUGUGUCUUUUAUGUUUUUCAGAUUUUGGGAUCUAUUUAGUAACCUGCUUGUGUUUCCAGAAGGAUUUCUUGUCUCUACAAAUGAGUAUUCUUUCAUAUUAUCUGUUACUCCUUUAUAAUCAGGAUCCUGCUUUAUGCAUCUGCCAAGUGAAAGGAUAUGUGCUUGCUUACGCAUCAAAGCUGUGUUUUCUCGUACUGUUGAUGGUUUCUUGCUGGAAACCUUUCUAUUAGGAGUUCAAACCCCCCAAUGAAAAGAGAAAGGACUUGAGAAAUACUUCUGGAUCCAAAAGUUUAUUCAGGUUUAUUAGCCUUAAAAAAUAUGUCUUGUUUCUAGACUGGCCAGUAUAUGUCACGUGUAUGCUUAUAUGCCACAUGUAGUCUGUGUGUGUAGAGCUGAACGGUAGAAUCUGUAUGAUUUAUUAUUUCAUGCACGCAGUUUGUGCAGCACUGUAAAACUAAAUUCCUAUUGGGGUUAUUUCUUAUUCAGAUGGUAAAUCUUAACACUGUUUCUUUAAGUCCAAAGAAAAUUUUACACUUUACUGUUUUCGAGAAGGGGAUAAGGGUUGGGUUUGGGGGGCUUUUUUCUUAUUUAAAAUGUUGUUUGACCGCAGUCCAUGGGAAGUCUGCCUCGGGCUUCCAAAGAACAAGUGUACUUUUUUCAGUAAUGUUAUGACUCUUAUUGACGAUUGGCAUGAAGCAUACUUGAAGCAUUAUGUCGUUCUUAUAAGUCCGUGUCUCAAUGUGCAAUUGUUGGGGGUGGGAGGAGUGUCUUUUAAGGUUACUUUCGACAUCAGGCAGAUGAUGAUGGGGAGGGAGGGCUUGCAUGUGAGAGGGAUUCACUUCAAUUUUUAUCAACAUUUUUAUAUGAAAAUGUUUGGAAACCUAAAAGCAAUGUUAAGAACUUUUGAUCUACUAGUGUGUAUUCAACUUGCUAUCUUAUAGUUAAUCUAGAUACGUGUGGAAUUUUGUCAUUUUGACUUUUCUAACCUAAUUUUGUGGUAAAACCUCUGAGCUUCAGGAGGGGAAGGAUCUCUUUAAGGCUAGUCUGAAUUUUGAAUAUUCCACUGUUUUUUAGAAAUGGUGAAAUAAGUCACUUUACCUAUAAAAUACUAGAUAAGUUUUGUUGUACUUUGUGAAUGGGGAUAGAGGAAAACAGGAAGUAGGAAAAUAAGCGUAAAGGGAGAUGAUAGCAAUUACAAUAUAAUGUUACUGCUGAAUUUCCUACAAAUCCUGGAACAUCCUCAAAAUCUUAAAUUUUAUAAUUUGAUGAAGUUGGGAGAGGGAAGAAAAAAUAUAGACUGCAGGGGUGUGUGCGUUUGUGAGUUUGUGUGUGCGUUUGUGUGUGCAUGUUGUUUUUCCACAAAAUUCUGAUAGAAUAAGAGCUACUUAAGUGUUGAUGUUGUUUAAAAAACAAAACUACAUUGGCUAUUUUCAUCUAAUUUUGUAUGCAGAAACAAAAUAAAUCCUUCUUCAAUUAAUUUCAAAUAGUCAUAUUUAUCUCAAAGAAAAAUCAUAAAAUACCCUUCAAGGUCCAUAACAUUUAUAAGCAUUUAUUUUGGGGAGCAGUUAAAACAUUUUAGCAAUAAAUUUUUUGGCAUUUUAUUUAGCAUAAUUUCAUUAGAAACAGCUUUAUCUGAGAGAACUUGCAUUAAUCCGUUGAGAUGACCAGAUGGAAGUUAGCAGUAAGUGGCAGUAUCUAAAAAUCUUUUUGAGCAUCAGUGGAGUACUGUAAUUAGAGUAACAGUUGUACCCAGUAGUAAGGCUACUUUUAUUCCUGGCACUAACUACACCUCAGGAAGUGGAUAUGCGAGUGGAUAGGUAACUUUUAAUAUCUUACUAGAAGCUUGGGUCAAUGGAAAGGCUUUACAAGAAUUUCAAUUUCAUGUAUGUUUGAAAGCCAUCUUAGUCCAAGGUAAAGAUAAAGAAGGGAGGAGGGGAUGUAAACUGAACUGAGGAGAGUUCUUACAAGGUCCCACGCUGUCCUUUCAAUGGUCUUUGGCCAUAAGAAAUAGUUGGUCACUUCUCAUGGUUAAUAUGUCAUGUUCAUUGAUUGGGUUUUUGAGGUUGAAUGUGUUCUUUUAAUUUCAAAAGCAAAGUACACAUAAUACUGUGCAUUUGAAGUUCCCCAAUAUAUUUUUAUUAAUAUUUUUUUUCCUUGGGGGGAAAAAACUUAGAAGUUCUUGGGUUUUGUCCUAACCCGUUUGUUCUCUCCUGUUCUCACAAUGGCAUAAAGUAUAUUCACAAUCUAUUUCAGGUCGCUGGAAGGUUUAAUAUUGUCUUGACUUACUAGAAACUAUAUUAAUGUUUUAAAUCUCUUCAGCAGCCCAUCAAUUUCAAGUCCUGUUACUUACAGUUUGCAAAAUAGAUGGGAAAGUUGUAGAGAGGUUUGUAGAGAAACCUACCUUAUUCAGUUAUCAAACACAUUAUCUCACCAUCAAGGCAGUGUCUAGGGAAGGAUAUUUGAUUCCUUCAUGCUGUAAGUCUUUGCUAAUGCACAUCAUUUCUCAUCUUUACCACUUGUAUUUUAAUGGCAGGCACUGUAUCUUUUAGCAGGCACUUGUUUCAGUCUAUAUGGGGUCUUAUUUACAUGUUUGCUCAGUAGUCCACAGUUAGUGCAAAACUGGAGUCUAUUUUGAACUUCUUUGGGAUCCUGUUGUUUACUCAAGGCUGCUGUGAAUGAUCCGUAGUGAGAUGACCUUGAGAAAUUGUUUUUUAAAUUGAAAAGACAAAGCUGCUGCUGUCUAUGCUGUAAAUACGUAUUUUGGCAUUCGUAGUACAAUACACUGAAAUGGAGGCUGACAGGCCUUUAGUCAUAGCAAGAGCUAGCAGGCGUGUCAAAAAUAAAGGGUACAGAACACUUUCCAGAGCUUAACAAGUGCAAGACAUGUCUUCUGAGCCUCAGUAGUUUCCAUAGUGGUUGAGCAGUGUGUGGUGUAUGCCAGGAACCUAUUCCAUAUAGUGUACAUGGAAGAUUUAUUGCUGGGCAUGAAAGGCUUAAAAAUGGAUGAUGGGGACUAUGACUCAUAUUUCUGCAGCGCUUUUGUGCUUAGGAGUUAAUCAGUGCAUUAACACAGCUAAACCAAUGACAAUUACAAGACCAUCCCUUUGCCUGAGUGAGCAGAAAAAUUUACGUGAAAGUGCAGUCAUAUAAGGGCCUUACAAUUACUUGGGCAGCAAGAAAUGCCAUUGUGACUGGACAGGAAGGAGAACUAUUACCACAAUGACAACAAUGCUGCUUUUCCUCUUCUUACUGAAGAGUAACGAAGUGAAAGAGGAAAGAAAAAGAAAAUCCCUUAGUAGCUGAGCGUAAUCCGUUGCAUUAAGGGAGAGAAUGCAUUCUGGUGAGUGGUUAGACCUGCUGUAGGACACCAUCACACAGUUUGCAGAAUGGCCGCUUCUGUAGUUCACUGCUGUAACAACUGUGGUAUUGUUGCUGACUUAGUGAUGAGAGAUAGAUGUAUUGUAGAAUGGUACAAAUAUCUAAACUGUCUUAUGGUUUGAGAUGCUGAUGUCUGUUUAACAUUUACGUGAAUAUUACGUCUCAUUUAUAUUGUGUUCUACCUCAGUCAAACUGAUUUGUCAAAAAAUGACAAUCUUGCACUUUUCUUCAUUAACUUUUAAUUUCCCAGCCUGGACAUUGAAAUGCAGGCUUGUGAGUACAGCAGGAGGUCAUCACUAGCAUAAUCUCCAGAGGUCCCUUCCAACCUAAACGAUUCUGUGAUUCUGUAAUCUGGACUGGAAGUGUACCUUUUCUGAAUGUUACAUCAAAGGAUCAUGCGUUUUCAUAUGUUCCUUCAGAGAACUGAUGCUAUAAAACUGGUCCUUCCAUUAAUAAACGUUACCCUUGUCUUC